UGAAAUCCAGCACCGAGGAUCCCUCACCUGCAGAAGCUCCCAGAGGGAUGUCCAAAGCCUCCCCACAGCCAAACUAAGAAACCGAGUCAGAAAAAGAGGAAGGGGGAUGGCUGCAAUUUAAAUGCCAGUCAACCUGAACCUCUUGUCUUUUGAUGCUCGCGGAUGGGCUGAUGGCUGUUGGGUUCAUUUUUUGCCCUUUUUUUGUUUUGUUCUGGAAGACUAUCCUGUUGUUCCGAGCAGCUGUGCCGGGGAAAUCCAAGUCUUGGGGAGAAGGUUUCUGCGGGAGACUUUCUUCCUCUGUUGACAUACCCCAGAGGAGAACAGGUGACGAAGCAUUGGGGGUGAAGACAAGGGGCGCCACUAAGUCCAGGAGGAGAUACCAGCAGAGUGCAGCAUGCAAGUGUCGUUCGUAUGCUCAGACCACAACAUCAAGAGCCGGACCGCAGAGGACCGACUCAACCGGCAGAAUGCCAAUAGCCCCAGCAUGCGAGGCCGGUUCCGGACCGUGGCGAUGGUUGCCCGCAGCUUGGGGCAGCUCUCCACGCAUAACGCCCCAUCCUCCAGCGACUCCAGCGUGAAACAGCCUGGCAUGAAAUACAGAAACCUUGGGAAGUCAGGGCUCCGAGUUUCCUGUCUUGGUUUGGGAACAUGGGUGACAUUCGGUGGACAGAUUACGGACGAGAUGGCAGAGCAGCUGAUGACCUUGGCCUACGACAACGGCAUUAACCUCUUUGACACAGCAGAAGUCUAUGCUGCCGGGAAGGCCGAAGUCGUGUUAGGGAAUAUCAUCAAGAAAAAAGGAUGGAGACGUUCAAGCCUGGUGAUAACGACCAAAAUCUUCUGGGGAGGAAAAGCAGAGACAGAGAGAGGACUUUCAAGAAAGCACAUUAUAGAAGGCCUGAAGGCUUCAUUAGAACGGCUGCAGUUAGAAUAUGUGGAUGUGGUGUUUGCCAAUCGGCCAGACCCCAACACGCCCAUGGAAGAGACGGUGCGAGCAAUGACCCAUGUCAUCAACCAAGGAAUGGCCAUGUACUGGGGGACAUCGCGCUGGAGCUCCAUGGAGAUUAUGGAAGCGUACUCAGUGGCUCGCCAGUUCAACCUCAUCCCGCCGAUCUGCGAGCAAGCGGAGUAUCACAUGUUCCAGAGAGAGAAAGUGGAAGUGCAGCUUCCAGAGCUUUUCCACAAGAUCGGUGUGGGCGCCAUGACGUGGUCCCCGUUGGCGUGUGGGAUUGUUUCAGGGAAAUAUGACGGUGGGAUCCCGCCCUAUUCACGAGCAUCGCUAAAAGGCUACCAGUGGCUGAAAGACAAGAUCUUGAGUGAAGAAGGGAGACGGCAACAAGCCAAGCUGAAGGAACUCCAGGCCAUCGCCGAGCGUCUGGGCUGCACUCUGCCCCAACUUGCCAUUGCCUGGUGCUUGCGGAACGAAGGGGUCAGCUCAGUCCUCCUUGGGGCUUCCAAUGCGGACCAGCUGAUGGAGAAUAUUGGAGCAAUACAGGUUCUUCCUAAACUCUCCUCUUCUCUCAUCCACGAGAUUGACAGCAUCUUGGGCAAUAAACCCUACAGCAAAAAAGACUACCGAUCCUAAUCGGGAAUCCUGUCCACCUGGGACUUUUCCUCCUCAACUCCUAGCCUCUCCCGUUCGCUUGCUUAAGCUAUAUCGAAGCCGAGGGAAGAAUGCGGCUGGCCUCCAAGGAAACGGCAGGCAAGGCGUCUGGACUGAAGACGUCCCGAAGGAACCGUUUUCAGACUCCGCCAGGCUGUUCUUCACUUUUUUCUUUUGAACGCAAGAAAAUGCCGCAGGUCGAGGAGGAACACGUGAAAUGUUAGGUCGACCUCAUCUACAUGCUCCCUUUUUAAGAGGAGGGGGGGGAAAACACCGGGUGUUUGGGUUUUUUUCAUUUCUUCCUGUUCUCUCUCACUUUUUAUCUCUCCCACCAACCAUAUCUAUGCACAGAGAGAAUAUCACAGUGCUUGCUGAAGUCAUCUACGUUUGAGCCAGCACCUUUUCAGAAUUAAAAUAAAAAUGGGCAGAGUUAUGGUUAAAUACACCCUUCACACUAUGUACGUCUGACUGGAGGCCCUUUGAGGAAAGGUGUCCUCUGGGGAGGGCCAGAAACCGCUUUGGGGGAAGUCGCAGGCACUCUCCCCAACCAUUCCCUCUUUUCUGUUUGCAACUUUUUAAAGUUUGGGAACGAGACAGCUUCAAAGUGAACCGGCCGAGUGGAAAGUCCCAUGGAGUGCGCUGUGUGGAGUGGGAGCCCUGUUGGCAAAAGCGAUCCAUUCGUUUCCAUAGUUUGGCCAUAGAGAGGAGAGAGGUUGGGUAGGACGGCGGCUGCAGGCUGGAGCUGACUGAUCCAUUCCUCAGGCAGGCAGGAGGGAGGCCAAGAGCCCAGGGCUUAGCUAAGGCCUCAGCCAAAGACCCAAAUGCUGCUGGCUGGAAAGAAGAGAAAGCGCUUCCCAUGUCUUUCUCAUGGCUCAGUGGGGACUGGGAGGCCGCUCUUUCAACACAACCCUGCCUCAGGUUAUCAUAGAGUAGUAGAGUUGGAAGGGACCUAUAAGGCCAUCAAGUCCAACCCCCUGCGCAAUGCAGGAAUCCAAAUCAAAGCAUUCCCGACAGAUGGCUGUCCAGCUGCCUCUUCUCUCCCUUGGUAGGCUGAGGAGAUGGCGUGAGCGUGCUCCAGGCCCCAAGAAGGGCAACGCCAGGGGAGGAAAGGACCAUGCCAUUGCCCCCACCCACAUGGCCACCCCCUCUUGGAAGAGUUUGGAACCAGCAUGGAGAAGAAUGUCUCCUGCCCUGUUGUGGUAUGAAUGCAUAGAUUGUGCCUUAGCCGGCAACGAGAUGAGCCUGCCUUUUUGGAUAAAAAGGCGGGGAGGAAAAAUCACAUCUUUAUCUUUGGGUCCAAAAUGUUGCAUCUGCUCUCAUAUGAUCCCCCCCAUUGUGUUUUUUUAAUAUGGGGUUGUACCAACUAAAAUGUAAUAAGUUACAGCUCAUGGAAUGAAAUAAAAACAAAAGCUGUUUGCUUUGAAAUUAAGGCUGCAGCUUUACAGCACACGCGAACACAGUAGAGUGGCCAUCCCCAAGCUGGCGCCCUUCAGAUGUUUUGGGAUACAACUCCCAUCAGCCCCAGCCAGCACAACUGCCAGAAGGUGUACUCCAAAACAUCCGGAGGGCACCAGUUUGGGGGAGGCUGCUGUCAGGUGCUCUUCAGAGUUUGCAAACCUAGGACAGGGCUCCAAAAGCAUGUCCACAUUUCAACAGGUUUCUUCAGCCCUGUGGAAAUUUAUUUAUUUAUUUUAUUUGUUUCAUUUAUAAACCGCCCAUAGGAAAUCCCCUAACUCUCAGUCGUGUUCCCCUAUAGUUCAAUAAGCCAGCUGGGUGAAACAAGACCCGUUUGCAGCCGGGUAAACCUCUGCCACUUUUAUGCCCUAUGUGUCUAAAGCAAUUUUUUUUUUUUAGAAAAGCUAAUUGUUAAUGUGAGUUGGCUAGAGAACUCCUUAGAGACUUCUCAAUUCCUUUACAAAAUGACAGAGCUGGAGACAACGUUUUUCCAGAGAACUGAAGGCACCAUAAAAGAGGGUUCAUUGUUCUUCCCAUUUGUGUCUCUGGAUCAUGCAGGUUUGGUAGGUUGUUGUAAUUUCAGCAACCUGCCAGACCAGUUUGGCUAGAGGUGAUGGUGGAAUAAAAGGGGGGGUUGGAUUUAAACAGAAAGAUAUGUGUAGAUGUGGGUAUCCAUGCAUCUACCGUGGGAAAUGAUGCCCCUCUCCAACUGCUUUCAACUCUUUUAAAACUAUUUUCUGCACCCAGCCUCUUCCUGGAGGGGAAAAAAACAUUAAACUUGAAAGAACUCUCACACUUAUUUAGCAAAGAGCAGUGGGGGAAAACAGGAACAAAAAUGGGUUCAUGAAUGCCAUGAAAGUGAAGAGUUCAUUGAGCGACUGUUAUUAUGGAGCUUUACAAAUUAGACUUUUGCCAAAAAGGAUGCUAGAUUGUCCUCCUGCCAGUCAGCAGUGCCUUUGUGAGCAGACGCUGACUCUGUUCCAGGCAGAAGAAUGGAACUGCAUUCAUGCGCUGAUUUGCUUUGAUUUUUUUCCCCUGUUAUCGCCACAGGACUUCAUAAUUUGGUUUCCUCUGGCUGUCAGCCAGCAGCUGUGAGUGGAAUUGCAACUCCCUAUUGCUGCACAUACCUAGAUUCAGAAGCAAAUUGUGUUUGGGCCCCACAGUUUCAGGUGUCUCCCUCCCAAGUUUGACGGAAAUGUCUGUCAAGCUGUUUCAGAGACAAAUGUAAAAAGCCUGCCAGCGAGUGAGUGGCUGAGUCUCACUGUCCUGUCCUGUCACCAAUUCCUCCAGCCCAGACCCCCUCCCCCCGCUGCCUCCCGUUCCUCACGGCUGCUUCUUGCAAUGAUGAAUCGGUGACGGUUUCACCAAAGGCAUGCUUGCCAAAGAGUUCUGGUCCCCUACCCCUUUCCCCUUUUGGAGGACAAUCAUGGGGCAGCUAAGCACACAAUAGGCCCAGAAGCAAGCGACCUGAUCCCAGAGCUUUUUUACCCCUUUUUUCUUUUUCUUUUUAAUAGUCAGUGGGUAGUGUAAAUAUGACUGAGCGCAACAAGGCUUGUGUGUGUGUUUGUUUUUACAAACAUUUGUCCCCGUGGAAGGGAAUUAUUUUUGUAUGUGUGUCCGCCCUCCCCAGAUUAUAUCCAGUGAAAAGCCUUCAUCAAACACAUUUCCUCUCUUGCUUAUACAUGUUCACACCCACACACCCCCUCCAGUAACAGCCACCCAAUUUAGUUCUUUGACUGCACUGUAGUGGACAAAUGGGGUCAUCUGCCGAGGAAGAAAUUUGGCCCAGUUCGCCUUUUAAUGCCACCGUACCUAAUUUGCACUUCCCCAAACGAUAUGCAGAAUUCUCCAGAUUCUGCGAUGAAGUUCUAUGACCAAAAAGAAAGGAAGAAAAGGUUUUUAAAAUGCAUCUGUUACAGGGAAAUAAAAAUACACAUAUUAGUGAAAAUAACAGACAAAAAUAUGUACUGUGUUUUGGGAAGUUGCUUACACAAAAAUUAUAUUACACAAAACUGCAUACAAAGAAAAUCUGUAUAUUAGGAGAAAUGGGCACUUAAAAAAAAGCAAACUGAUGCAGAAAUGUGGCAAAGUGAAGUUAAGAUUGGAGGAAAUAAGAAACUGAAAUUGACACAUUUUGUCCAUCCCUUGUUACCUGGUUAAGUAGAUGGAAACCUUCAUUCCGGUGAGACUUGCACUAGCCUUUAUAAGAAAGGCGGUACAAUCAAGAAAACGUGGCCCACACUGAGUGUUAAAAGGGGUGUGGUGUGCAGUCCUUAAACUUUUGCUCUUCCUUUCCUUUAGACUGCAAAGAAAUAGCAAAGCAUUUAUUACUAGCAGUAGUGUUUUACCCAAACGCUUCUUUUUUAAAUUGAGUUGGGAGAACAAAGGCCUAAACAAAUAUAGCAGAAUGAAGAGGUAGAGUCUAGAGCUAGGAAGAAAGGACUGUGCUGUUUUGGACAGUUGGUGGAAGAAUCACAUUUUUUAAAUGAAAAAGUUCCUGCAGGGAGAAAAGUAGCUCAUCAAGGAGGAGAGAGCACUGUCUCCAUGACAAGUUUUCUACAUGCGGGGAAUAUUUAAAAAUGUAAUUCUGCCAUCUCCAGUCUGAGGCACUGCCAUCCAUCCAUCCUUUGCCUCGAUUAGUUGCCUAGACAGAGUCAGCUUCAACCAAAGUUGUUGUCAGUCUAGUUGCAAAAUCCCUUCCAGCAUUGUUAGCCUCAAUGUUUAAAGCCUGAACUGCUUUAAAAAAAAAAAAAAGGCAACAAGCUUGAACGUCGAGGAACUGCAAAAAGACAUCUGUGGCAAGUAAAGCCAUCUUUUUCUCAGUCUCCAAGAUGUGGUCAUCUUCCUUUUAUUUAGCACCAUUUGCAUUUUUUACAGAGUUGCAAAAAAAAAUCCCACCAGUCACCUGCCCAUGAAGCUUGCCUUCUCCAAGCCAAGUUGAGCCUUUCAAAGUCGCAACCGGAGACGUGCCCAAUGGACCUAAAUGUGCUGCCCAUUUGUGGAAGGAAUGUAAAAAGUUGCUUGAGCUGAAGGAAAAGGCAGAAGUAUAUCCGGAUGGGUGGGAGCAUCAGUCCCCCUUCCAAAGGGACUCAACUCUUGAGGGGAGAAAAAGCUACCCAUUAGUCUUCAGGCUCCAGAGGCUCAGCCCAACCCCUACAUGUAAAGCCCCCUGCAGCUGUUCAGCCAGUCCACGGAGUUGGAUCCCAUGAUACAAGUUUGCUACGCUUAGUUCCUACUGAACUCAAUGGGACAAGUUAAUCAUGGCUGGAAAACAAUGGGAACGAAGUUCAAUCAACUUAGGAUCCAACUGUAGGACCACACGCUUCAAGCCCCACAACACACCCUACCCACAAUUAGGAAUUCAAACCAUCCUGAUCUCUCUGCAUCCGCUCUGUCGGCUGCCACUGUCCCUCUGCAAACCAGGGGACUGACUUUUCUCCUCCAUGACAUCCCCUCCCUUUCAAGGCACUUAAUACUGUGUAAGCCACCCACCUACAGCUUCCUCUAGCCUCACAUUUUCCCCUCAAACUGUCCCUGUUUGCUGUGUUACCAACUUCUUUCAGGGAGUUAUAGAAACGUCACUGUAGCCAAGGGAGGAGGAAAUCUGUUACUCUCCCCCCUGUUAACCUUCCAGUUUCUUUUUUUUUUUGGUUGUUACUGGCUUUCAUGUGUGUAAAUAAAAUUAAAACACCUUUUUUUGCCUUUUUAUAUACGUAUGUCAAACACAACAGAUCUCUAGAAAUGACUUAUAUGACUGUGAGUACCAAGCUACCUGCAUCUAGGCAACGGCUGCUAGCCACAUCAAUCAUGCUUCCUGACAAAAGAUUUU